AUGGCUUCGAGUUCCGAUUUGGUGCGAACCGUUGAGUCAGUGCUGGGCAUUUCGCUCGGCGAUUCGGUUUCGGAUUCGUUGCUGGUGAUCGUGACCACAUCCGUGGCGGUGGUGAUUGGGCUUCUGGUGUUCGUGUGGAAGAAAUCUUCGGAUCGGAGCAAGCAGGCGAAGCUUCUGUCAGUGCCAAAGUUGGUGGUGAAGGAAGAAGAGGAUGAAGUCGACGCUGGCUCGGGGAAGACCAAGGUUACUGUUUUCUUUGGUACUCAGACUGGUACUGCUGAGGGCUUUGCUAAGGCUUUGGCAGAGGAGAUCAAGGCAAGGUAUGAAAAAGCAGCUAUCAAAGUUGUUGACCUGGAUGACUAUGCAAUGGAUGAUGAUCAAUAUGAGGAGAAGCUGAAGAAAGAGACGCUUUCAUUUUUCAUGUUGGCAACAUAUGGAGAUGGAGAGCCAACUGACAAUGCUGCAAGAUUCUACAAAUGGUUUACUGAGGGUAAAGAUGAGAGGGGUAUCUGGCUUCAACAGAUCACAUAUGGCAUUUUUGGCUUAGGUAAUCGGCAAUAUGAACAUUUUAAUAAGAUAGGUAAAAUAGUUGAUGAAGAACUUAGUGAACAAGGUGCAAAGCGUCUUGUUCCACUGGGUCUAGGUGACGAUGAUCAAUCCAUUGAGGAUGAUUUUGUUGCUUGGAAGGAAUCUCUAUGGUCUGAGUUGGAUCAGUUACUCCGAGAUGAGGAUGAUGUAAAUACUGUCUCCACUCCUUAUAAGGCUGCGAUUCCUGAAUAUCGAGUGGUUAUUCAUGACUCCACUGUCACAUCAUGCAAUGAUAAUCACUUAAAUGGGGCAAAUGGGAAUGCUCUGUUUGAUAUUCAUCAUCCUUGCAGGGUUAAUGUUGCUGUUCAGAGAGAGCUUCAUAAACCUGAGUCUGAUCGCUCUUGCAUACAUUUGGAGUUUGACAUAUCAGGGACUGGCAUAAC